ACUCUCAAAUGUACCGAGCGUCCGAGCUGCACAAUGCAACGUUGGAGCGCAAAACACAAACUCUGCCGACUGAACUUCAGAGUAUGAAGAGGUUUCAGUUAAGCACAAAACUCCGUCGUGAACGGACGACCCCAUUUGCGCUCUACUAUAGCUCUCUAAAGCAACUCGCAACAGUUUGUUAGAUCACCAACACUGUGUGUUUCUUAUUUACUAAAAAGAGGCGAAAAAACAAAGCAUAGAGUGGCGGUGCAAUUUGUACUUUUAUUUUCGUAGCAUAAUUCCAGUGGGAAGUGUGCGAAAAUUUGAAUUUUUGAAUUUUCUUGGCGGUUUUCUCCGUCUUUUUGUGUAAAAGGAAAAACAGAGUGAAGUGAUUUUAUUUCACCACUUUCGUGAAUUAUUCAUUAACAUAAAAAAAGUAUAUAUAAAUACAUAUUUAUCAUAAGAGUGAUAGUGACACUUUCACACGCACAAAGUAUGGUCCUAAAAAUUACCGACAUCUCGCAGCGCAUCGCCCUUUCCGUGGUUAUUUUGCUCUCACUUACAAUCAGACGCUCACAGGGUGAACAGUGUGGUCAGGAGGAGCUGGCCCGGUGCUCACGACCUCUACAAGUUCUCUCAUCCACAUCUGACCUCACAAUUGCAACCAACAAGGAGGAGCUCAACGAAAUUUGUCCGGAUUUAUACGGAGGACUUCACUGCAUCCGUAGCUACACGAGACGCUGCAUGUCGCUCCAGCAUCGCAAUCACUUCAACAAACUCUACCAUGGUACGAACCAAGUUAUUCGAGAUCUCUGCCGGGAGGGACACUAUCAGAAUGAUUACCUGAGGCAUGCCCCGUGCUUGCGAAUGGUGAAGCCGGAUUACGAGAUUUGUGCAAAAAAGUACCAGGAUACCAUUUCGCGAGUCACUCAAAUGGAACACAGAGGAAUGGCUAAUGGGACGGACGACGACACCGUGGGCAUUGUAUGCUGUUCUUUCCGCGAAUACCUGGAUUGUUCAGAGAGAACAGCACGGAGAAUUUGUGGUGAGGAGACUGCAGCAUUCCUCAGGCGUUUCCUGGACAAAAUGGCAGACAGUCUCAUCCGGGAGCAUUGUGAGGACUACACAAUCACCUCCGGAUGGUGCUCGUAUGAGACAUCCGCAGCCCCCCAAAGCACCCACACAGUCACCGCCCUCGGCAUCAUUCUCCUUUCCACACUCCCUUGGAUGCUGGCCAGAUAAUUCCGGGUCAUCAUGGAAGUUUUCACGCAUCCAUUCCAGGAAAAGCGGAGGCAAAACAAAGUCACUCAAACACGAUCCUCCCUCCCCUGCUCCCAAGAAGUCGUGCAAUUUUUGGGCAUAAAACAAAACACAUGAAGACUGCAUUAAAAUAUAUAUUAAUUUUCCCCAAGGAAUCCUUGUAAGGACAAUGAGAUUACCAAAAAAAGCAAAAAAACGAGCACGACAAGCGUGCAAAAUUUAAUUAGAGAUGGAAAAUAUUUUUCUGUUCGCGUAAAGAAAAGAAAUCUCCGGACGCUGAAGAAUCUUUCAUGAAAAUGAAUUUUCUUCAUGGAAAAGUCUUUUUUUUUCUUUUCGCUUCAAUAUUUUUCCCGUCCUCUCUUAUUUUAUUUUUCUCACAGUGUUACGUAGGCAAAAUAAAUUAAUUUUAGUUUGUAAUAGCAAAAAGAAAAGUAGGGUAAAGAAAAUCUCUUAUUAGUUGAUAAGAUGGGAAGAAAAAUUGAAUAAUAAAGAAAAACUAAUAGAGGCUGGAGAUUAUCACCUAACGCCUUAGGUAGACAAAAAUGUAUAUUAAUUGUUUUAAAUUAAUUAAAUAAAAGCUAAAAGAAA